GACAGUCAGAGUGUGGGAUUGGAUUCCCCUGCAGGGAUGGCAAUAAGACUCCUAUUGCAUAGCAGUUUUGCCCACUCCAGGUUUUAGUAGGAGCUUGAUUAGCCACAGUGUGUAAGAAGCUCAGAUGUAUCUUACUAAACUCCUGGUGAAACCAGAUAUGGCUCAGACUGCUAUGCAGUGGGAGUCUUAUUUACAUCCAUGGGGCUACAUAUAGGGUGUCGGGGUUCGACAGUAAUACUAUCCCUGAGUCUUGAUGUUCAGAGAUGUGCUCAUUUAGGCAGGAUGCAUACAUUACCAGCUCUUCAACUUGUUUAGUACUUGUUCCAGUUAAUAACCCACAGAUGCAGCCAGAGAUCUUUUUUGAUGUGGUGAGUGCGAGCACCUGGAAUGACGUGCUGACGGACUCACAGCGGCAGCACCUCCUCCAGUUCCUGCCGCAAUUUCCAGAAGACUCCGCGGAGCAGCGGCAGCGGGUGAUCACAGACCUGUUCGGGGACGAGAACUUCCGUUUCGGGAACCCCCUGCACAUCGCCCAGAAACUCUUCCGAGAUGGGUACUUCAACCCUGAGGUGGUUCAGUACAGGCAGCUGUGCAUCAAGUCCCAGAGGAAGCGCUACCUGCACUCCCAGCAGCAGUAUUACCACAGGCUGCUCAAGCAGAUCCUCAUCUCCAGAAAGGAGCUGCUGGACUCAGCGCGGCGCAGCGGGCCCGACCUGGUUCUGAAGCGCCGGUACCCCUCCCCCUCGACCCGGCCCGAGGAGAGGGAGCAGAGGGCCAAGAGACGGGUGGCCAAGAUCCUGCGGGAAGUGAAGGAGGAUUGUGGGGACAGCGCCCUGUCGUCCGACGAGGAAGACCUGGGCUCCUGGCUGCCCCCCUCUCCCCCGCACCCCUCAAACCUCAGAGUGUCUCUCAGGGUGGUCCCGAGCUUGUCCACGCAAGACAUGAAAACCACAGAAAAGCCGGAGCUGGUGGAUGGAGAUUUGAAGCUGAUGUUGAAGAGACAGAGAGAGAGAAGGAAACGGCAGCCGGACCGCCCUGAUCUGAUGACGUCAGACAUCAGCCUGAACGACAUCAUGACUCGCGUGAACGCAGGGAGGAAGGGCUCCCUCGUGGCGCUGUUCGACUUGGCCGUGCCCAAGAAGAGGCUGAAGGAGAAAGAGAAGGAGGAGAAAAAGAAAAAGAAGAUGAAGCUGAUCAAACAGGAGCCAGAAGACUCUCCCGAGCUGCUGGGGGACCCAGAGUGCCCCCCAGCUCCCCCUGAGCCCCCCCCAGCCCCAGUGCUGCCUGUGGUGAAGGAAGAGCCCCUGGAGGAGGUGAAGGGCUCCCCUCUCUUUGUGGAGGAGAUUGCAGUGAGCUUCUUCAGUCUGCUGGAGGAGAUCCUGCGUCUGGAGGGCCAGACCAGCUCAGCUACGAUAGAGGAGAAGGUUCAGCAGUGGCAGGCCUCCCCAGCCAGCACACUGAACCCGUGGUUCUCUGCUGCACCCAACUGGGCCGAGCUGGUACCGUCUGCACUGCAGUUUCUGAGUGGAGAAAGCAGAGCGGGAGUCAUGGCUCUGCCUAGUGGCUUCACUCCCUUUGUGGAGUUCAAAGAUCGGACACAGCAGUGGAAGUGGAUCAUCCCCAGUCAGGAUGGCGAGAAGGAUCUCGGUAUGCUCUGUCAGCUGUGGCUCGAGACCAAGGACCAGCCUGUAGUCAAGCAGGAGAGUGAGGAGCUGUCAGACACCAUACCCCCCAUCCCCAGAGUACGGACGGACUAUGUGGUGCGCCCCAGUACUGUAGAGGAGAGACACACCUUCCAGGAACAGGAGCGGCAGCGCUAUGACCAGCCUCACAAGGCCUUCACGUUCCGCAUGCACGGGUUCGAGUCCGUAGUGGGGCCUGUCAAGGGCGUGUUUGACAAGGAGACUUCCCUGAACAAGGCCAGAGAGCACUCCCUGCUGCGCUCCGACCGGCCAGCCUACGUGACCAUCCUCUCGCUGGUGCGUGACGCUGCAGCCAGGCUGCCCAAUGGAGAGGGCACUCGGGCAGAGAUCUGUGAGCUGCUCAAGGACUCGCAGUUCCUCGCACCGGAGGUCACCAGUGCUCAGGUGAACACAGUGGUGAGCGGAGCCCUGGACAGGCUGCACUAUGAGAAGGACCCCUGUGUGAAGUACGAUAUUGGACGCAAGCUGUGGAUCUACCUGCACCGUGAUCGCAGUGAAGAGGAGUUUGAGAGGAUACACCAGGCACAGGCUGCAGCUGCCAAGGCGAAGAAAGCCCUGCAGCAGAAACCCAAGCCGGCCCCGAAACCUGUGAGUGGAAACUGAGCUAGAAAUCCUCUAU